AUGCCCUUGGUAGCAGGCAAAGGAGGUCGGGCAGCGCCAGUGUCGUUAAUGCCCGUGACGCGUGCGGUGCUGCUCACCAAAGAGGACUUGGAGAACUUCCACAACAGUGCUCUGAACAAGGACUCUGUGGGUUCCCUGCUGCCUCUGGGGUCUGGGGUUCCUGUCACAUCUGCUCCCGCUCCGUCGACGGCACAAGGCCCUCCUCCCCUGUGGCCACCGCCUCCUCGCAGGAGGACCAGGUCUGCGUCCACACGUCGGCACCCGCGCACCUCCGCGGAUGUGUCCUCUGCUCUUCCAACGCCCAAUGUGCUUCCGAACCCCAGCGUGACGCCGGUGGAGGGCUCAGAUGAGUCCAAAGCCGUCUACUGCGCUGCGCUUGUUCUUGUCGGUCUCCUCGUGGUGUACCAUGAGACCCUGGGAUUCGUUGCGAGUCCCGGGUCCUUGGUGGUUCCAGCGCAUGCCACCGUGAGCUCGGUGAACCGCCCCGCGGCUCCAGCUACCGCUGAAGCUGCCCAAGUCGGUGUGGCGACAGGUGUGUACGGCCUGGCUCUGCUUGCCACCGCCGCUGCUGGCGUCCUGGCUCGUGCCAAGCGCUCCAAAGUCAUGGUGCAUAACUACGGCGGCUUCAAGCCCGUGGUGGGCGACCGCUACCAGUAUACCAACGAUUGUGGGUACUUGGCGGAUGGCACACCCAUCAGCACCGCUGGUAACAAUUCCCUUCGCACCUCCUAUGACCCACCGGUUGCACCCCCAGCUCCACCGGUGGCUGUCGCGGCACCCGUGGCGCCAGUGGCGCCAGUGGCGCCAGCACCUGUGGCACCUCCUACACCUGUGGCAGCACCAAUACCCGCCACAGGUGGAGAUGCAUUGUACGGCAUCAAGUUUGACUACUGCAAGCAGAAGGAUGCUUACGCAGACUUGGAGUUUCUGAACGACGUGGGCUACCUGCCAGAUGGCACACCGAUGAACAUGGCCGGAAACUGCAUCAACCACCCCAAGAGGAUUCAGCCAGAUCCGCACACACCAGGGUCGCCAUUGCCACGGGCCAACUUGCACAACUCUGUUGGCUACCUCCCAGAUGGCACAGCCAUGAACGCAGCAGGCAAUGCUUUGAACCACCCUGAGAGGAUGCAGCCAGACAUGCACGUGGCUGGAUCACCUUUGCCAAAGUCUGUGUACUAUGCGGACGUGGGCUACUUUGCGGAUGGCACCGACUUGACAGCUGCAGGAAACAACUUUAAGGCAGCUCCCCCUGUUGCCUUUCCCACUCCUGCUGCGCCCUCAACACCUGUUGUGACUUCAACACCUGUUGCUGCAAGCUUUGUCGGUUCGACCGGUGAUGCAUUGUACGGCACCAAGUUUGACUACUGCAAGCAGAAGGAUGCUUACGCAGACUUGGAGUUUCUGAACGACGUGGGCUACCUGCCAGAUGGCACACCGAUGAACAUGGCCGGAAACUGCAUCAACCACCCCGAGAGGAUUCAGCCAGAUCCGCACACACCAGGGUCGCCAUUGCCACGGGCCAACUUGCACAACUCUGUUGGCUACCUCCCAGAUGGCACAGCCAUGAACGCAGCAGGCAAUGCUUUGAACCACCCUGAGAGGAUGCAGCCAGACAUGCACGUGGCUGGAUCACCUUUGCCAAAGUCUGUGUACUAUGCGGACGUGGGCUACUUUGCGGAUGGCACCGACUUGACAGCUGCAGGAAACAACUUUGCAAAGGUGCCUGCUGUGGCAGCCACCACUGCGCCAAAAUCCCCUGCAGCCGCUGCGGCCUUCGCGGGCACAUCUGUGCCAAAGCCGACCUUCCGCCAGCCUGGUGGCUUCGCAUAUUCCGUGCAGAAGGAUGUGUAUGCCGACUUCCUCUUCUCCAACGAUGUUGGCUACUUGCCAGACGGAACUCCCAUGAACAAGGCCGGCAACGCCAUGAACCACCCAGAGAGGAUCCAGGCGGAUCCACAUACCAACGGUUCGCCUUUACCCCGUGCGAACUUCGCCAACGACGUGGGCUACUUGCCGGAUGGAACGCCCAUGAACCGCGCGGGGAAUGCGCUCAACCAUCCAGAGCGCCUGGCAGCCGAUGCUCAUGCCCCUGGUUCGUCUCUGCCCGCCUCCCAGUAUGCUGCGGAUGUCGGAUACCUGGUGGAUGGCACGCCACUGGAUGGUGCGGGCAACAAUGCCGUGCACUGA